UUACAGCUGCGUUUAUGCAUAGUCCCGCCCAUUUCAGGGCACCAUAAUGUUUGGGACACAUGGCUUUGCAGGUGUUUGUAAUUGCUCAGGCGUUUUGUGUCCAUGGCACACGCAGAAUUAUCAGAAGCAAAAGCAUUUCCAGUGUAACUCAUACACACCAAAUGCCUCAAAACAACAUUGGCAUGGAGCAGGCAACUCAGGUAACACAUCAAGGCUCCCCACACAAACCUGCUCAGGUCGCUGGUAUGUUUGAGAAGGAUGGAGAACUUACCAUGGAGCGGAAAAAAAAGAGGAAAAGGGAGCCAAGGCCGGAGUCGAUUAUAAUCUACCGUACAGGCAGCGAGAAGGUUGAGGAAGACAAACAAGAUCCGGAUAGUGCAACGAGGAACACUGAAGAAAGGACAAACUUCCUAUGUCCUCCAGCUGUAGAAGGUGGCUGGAGCUUGCCUGCUGACAGCAGAUAUGUCACCCUCACUGGCACCAUCACCCGGGGCAAGAAAAAAGGACAGAUGGUGGAUAUCCACGUCACACUAACGGAGAAGGAACUCCAGGAACUGGCCAAGUCUAAGGAGAUCCCACAGUCAGAGGAAGAAAGGAAGAAGCAACCAUGUGAUGUUGGACUGUACUGGGGCCCUCAUGCAGUGCUCUGGGGUCUGCUUUGUGCUCCUGUGGUCUUUCUGUUGUCUUUCAUUGUUUCAUUUUACUAUGGGACCAUCACCUGGUAUAACAUUUUCUUGGUCUACAAUGAAGAACGCACCUUCUGGCAUAAGAUCACAAUUUGCCCCAUUCUAAUUGUGUUUUAUCCGGUACUAAUCACAGUGAUCUCACUGUCCAUCAGUGUCUACACGGCCAUAACACAAGUUUCCUGGUCAUUUGCUGAGUGGUGGCAAGACGUGCGGGACAUGGAGAAAGGCUUCUGUGGCUGGUUGGCUGGAAUACUUGGACUGGAGGAUUGCUCCCCGUACAGCAUCGUAGAGCUACUGGAGUCUGACAAUGUUUCGGGUAGCCUGUCGGGAAAGGCAGCACCAGCCGGAGAGCAAACAUCUGCUGUGUAACCAGUGAAGAUCCAGAGAGAUGGAAGCUGCCCAACACUACGAAGAAACAAAAUGAUGGCACAAUUUAGUUCAGACUUUCCUUGAAUUUACUGUAUGGAUCAAUACAAUACAAUACAAUACAACACAAUUUAUUUGUCACUUGAACCUCAUAGAGGCUCAAGUGAAAUGUUGUUUCUGCAGUCACACAUACAAGAAAAAAAGACCCAAGACACAACACAGUUUACACAGACAUCCAUCACAGCGCAUCUCCUCCUCGCUGUGAUGGAAGGCAAAAAAAACUUAUCUCUCCCCUGCACUUCCCUCUCCCCCCGAUGUCAGAGUCAAAGUCAGAGCCCAAGUCAGAGCCCCCGGCGGGCGACAACAAUUGUCCCGCGGCCAUUAACGCCGCGCCGGGUGGUGCAAGGCCACGCUCCGGGUCUUGUUGUUGGAGCCCCGGGCGGGCGCUAGCAAAGUCCCGCAGCCGUUGAAGCCACGCCGGGCGAUGAUGUCAGGCCCCGCUCCAGGUCAUCCUCGACCCCGCUACUCGGGCGGGAGAAGUCGCCGUUGCGGAAGCCCCGAAAAGCGGUCUCCCAGCAGGGACCCGCGGGCUCCCGGUGUUGCUGUCUACCAGACCUGCGGUUGGAGCCUCCGAAUCCCCGGGGUCGGGUCGCAGCAGCGCGCCACCACCGCUCCUCCCGCUCCGGACUCGGCCAGCUCCACGAUGAUGUUGCCUGUCCCGCUGAGUUACUCCAGCAUUUUGUUUCAAUCUUCGGUUUAAACCGGCAUCUGCAGUUCCUUCCUACACAGGAUGGUACAAAUGAUGGUUUUUGGGGCAAAUUGAAGUUCUGGAUAUUGAACUCGAUGUAUGUAUGUAUUUAUUUAUUUAUUUAUUUAGCAGUGCUAGCCUGCCCAGGUGCUAAUCUGAGUGUUUUCAUCUGUUUUUUAAAAUAACGUAGAUAUGUUUUUAGUACUUAUCAACUUGUAAGUAAAAGCUAAAUGAAUGUUUUUUACAGUAUAAUUGAUAAAUGGUUUCAAUGUCAAUACUGCAAGUUAAACAUAACAUCUGUGCUUUAAGACAAAUCUACGGGAAAUAUAACAUCUACAACACUAUUAUUUUAUUUGGGGUGAUCUGCAUACAUCAUGAAUAUGGGCAGGUCCAGUGAUAGAUUUUGUAUGGUUUCUAUAAAUAUAAUGAGGUCAAGAUUUACUGAACCAUUCAUGUACAACGUUAAAACCUUCAGCACUAAUACAGUGGCACGAAGCAUUUUGUACAAUAAAUGUAUCAUAUAUAACAACAGUUGUUCAUUCAUUAAUGACAGAACUAUAUAACCAUAUAAUAUAACCAUAUAACAAUUACAGCACGGAAACAGGCCAUCUCGACCCUUCUAGUCCGUGCCGAACACGUAUUCUCCCCUAGUCCCAUAUACCUGCACUCAGACCAUAACCCUCCAUUCCCUUCCCGUCCAUAUAACUAUCCAAUUUUUUUUUCACCUUCACCUUAAAGUGAAGAUGUUAUCAUGUCACACAUAGGCUCC